AUGAAUUGUGUGAUGUCCAAUCAAAGUGUUAAACUCAGGUUCGUUAUUGUUGAUGACAAAAUACAAAAUAAAUGUAUACCUAUUUUAGGACUAGACACAUGUGUUAAGUUUGGUUUGGUUGGUAAAAUAGAAGUUAAUAGUAUUAAUAGUAAUGAUGUGGAGAAACAGUUGGUUAAAGAGUAUAAAGAUGUGUUUGAAGGUUUAGGAAAUUUUCCAGAGGAGUAUGAUAUUAAAAUUAGAGAGAAUAGUGAAGGUUGGAUUAAUCCACCAAGGAGGGUACCAGAAUCAAUAAAGGGUGAACUUAAAAAAACACUAGAUAUCAUGACUAAAGAUGGUGUAAUAGUACCUGUAGAUAGACCAGGUAAAUGGUCUAGUAAUAUUGUUAUUGUUGAAAAGCCCAAUAAAAAAUUGCGAAUCUGUUUAGAUCCGUCAGAAUUAAAUAAAGUCAUAAUUCGAGAACAUCAUUUAAUACCAACAAUGGAUGAGAUUAGAAUGAGCUUAAGUAAUAAAAAGUGGUACUCAUUGUUAGACCUUAAAAAUGGGUUUUGGCAAAUUAAGCUGUCUAAAGAGUCCAGCAAUAUAUGUUGCUUUAGUACGCCUUUUGGAUAUUAUAAAUUUACUAGGCUUCCAUUUGGGCUGUCAUGUGCACCUGAAGAGUUCCAAAAACAGAAUCAGAAGUGUUUUGGGGAUAUUGAAAAUAUAAAAAUUUAUUUUGAUGACAUAUUAAUUGCUGCUGAAGAUGAAAGAACACAUGAUAUGGCGGUAAAGUCUGUAUUGAAAAGGGCAAAGUCUGUUGGAAUAAAAUUUAAUGCAGACAAGUUUAUUUAUAAAAAGAAAGAAAUCAAUUAUUUAGGUAUGAUUUUUAGUAUGGAGGGAAUGAAAGUUGAUCCGGACCGAGUUGAGGCGAUUAACAGUUUAAAAGAGCCUAAAAAUAAAGUAGAACUACAACGAAUCAUAGGGAUGUUCAAUUUCCUUAGGCAAUUUAUACCAAACAUGUCACAAUUGAUUGCUCCCAUAAGAGAGUUGUUAAAGAAAAAUGUGUACUGGACAUGGACUAACAUUCAUAGUGAAGUUAUAAGACAAUUGAAACAUAUAAUUACUAACUCACCUGUCCUUGUUAAUUUUGAUCCAAAAAAGGAAAUAAGUAUUCAAUGUGAUAGCUCUAGUAGUGGACUAGGUUGCUGCUUAAUGCAAGAAGGAAAGCCAGUAGCAUUUUCCUCUAGGAGUUUAACAGAUUCAGAGAAACAGUACCCACAAAUUGACAAAGAAAUGUUAAGUAUUUUGUUUUCGUGUCGCAAGUUUCAUAAUUAUAUUUAUGGAUAUCAUACAAAAAUUUGGACGGAUCAUUCACCAUUAACAUCAAUUUAUAAAAAAAAUUUUCAUAAAGUUAUAUCAAAUAGAUUACAAAAAAUGAAACUCAAGCUAUUGAUCUAUGAUUUAGAAAUUAAUUAUUUACCAGGCAAAGAUAUGCAUAUUGCAGAUCUGUUGUCGAGAAAUUAUAUUAAUAAUGAAUUUGACAAGGAAAUUAAUAUUGAAGGGGUAGUACAUUCAAUUAAUAGUACUAUAAAUGUUUCGAAAAUAGCUGAGGCUACAAAGCAUGACCUAGUUCUAGUGAAAAUUUUAGAAUACUAUAAUGAAGGUUGGCCAAAGGAUAAAAAUAAGAUUAGUGGCGAUAUUCAACAUUAUUGGAGUCUUCGUAAUGAUAUUGUUGUUGAAAAAGGAGUUCUUUAUGUUAAAAAUAAAAUUAUUAUGCCUUACAGCCUGAGACGGUUGGCAUUACAGCAGUUACAUGAAGGACAUAACGGUGUGAAUAAAACUGUACUUAGAGCUAAGCAGUUAGUAUACUGGCCUGGGUUGGAUAAUGAAAUAAAACAGUAUGUGUUGAGUUGCAAAGUUUGUGAUAGGUUUAAAAAUUCUAAUACAAAAGAGCCAUUACAGCAUCACCAAGUGGCUAAACUACCUUUUGAAAUUAUAAGUUCUGACAUAUUGACUUAUGGUGGUAAGGACUAUGUUGUUGUCUUUGAUCAUUAUUCAAAAUGGCUAGAAAUAAUCAAAAUAAAUUUUAAAACAGCUCAAGAAGUUAUACAACAGUUUAAAAAGAUCUUCAGUACACAUGGGUAUCCACAAAUAAUACAUUCUGAUAAUCAACCUUAUAGCUCUGAUGUAUUUAAGCAAUUUUGUGUAAUGUAUAAUAUAAAUUUACUAACGUCUAGUCCUAGAUACCCUCAAUCUAAUGGGACUGCAGAAAGAGCAGUACAAACUGCCAAACAAAUGCUUAGGAAAGCUGAUUUUGAAAAAAAAGAAAUACUAGACAUUUUGCUUGAGUAUAGGUGUACAACCUUACCACAGAUCGGAGCUUCACCUUGUGAGUUAGUCAUGAGUAGACUAUUAAGAACUAAGUUUCCAGUAAAUGAGAAUAUUUUAAAACCUAAAAUUCAAGUUAAUGAUGAAAACAGAAUGUUAAACUAUCAAGCCAACUAUAAAGAAUAUUAUGAUAAAAGAACUAAAUCCAAAGAUGAGUUUAAUGCAAAUGAUGAUGUGGUUGUAAAUGAAGGAAGAGUAUGGUUACCUUGUAAAGUUUUAAAUAAAUUAGAUAAUUAUCCAAGGUCAUAUGUAGUCAAGCUACAAAAUGGGCAAAUAGUCAGGCGUACAUCAUAUCAUUUGCGUUACUCAAAGGGACAACACUAUAUUGAAAAUUAUGAAGACAAUGAUGAUAUAAUAUUAGGAGUAAGUAGUAAUGAAGAAGUGGUGAAUUAG